AUGGCGUUUAAUGAUUGUUUUAGUUUGAGCUAUCCUGGUAAGCCCCAGCCAGGGGACUUGAUUGAAGUAUUUCGUUCUGGCUAUCAGCACUGGGCGCUGUACUUGGGUGAUGGUUAUGUUAUCAACAUAGCUCCUCUAGAGGAUGGCAUUUCUGCAUCAUUUACAAGCGCCAAGUCUGUAUUCAGCAGGAAGGCCCUGGUGAAGAUGCAGCUGCUGAGGGAUGUUGUGGGAAAUGACACAUACAGAAUAAACAAUAAAUAUGAUGGGACCUACUCCCCUCUCCCUGUGGAAGAAGUCAUGCAACGGUCAGAGACGGUUAUUGGACAGGAGGUGGAAUAUGACAUACUUGUCAACAACUGUGAGCAUUUUGUGACUUUGCUUCGUUAUGGAGAAGGAGUUUCAGAGCAGGCCAACCAAGCAAUAAGUACCAUUGGGUUUGUGGCAGCUGCUGCUGGUGCCUUUUCACUCCUGGGCUUGUUUCCAAAAAGACAAAGAGCAAAAUACUAUUAAUGAUUUACUGAAGAGAUAUUGGAACUGAAGGAAUUUGUGAGGAGGGGAAAAAAAAACUGGGAUGAAUACUUAUUUUCAAUGCAUCAUUAUUGUUCCAAAUUCCAGUGAUGGAUGGCAGGCUCUUUAAUAAAUUGCUUACUGAUAUUAUCUCGUCA